AUGAAAUCGAAAAUUAAUGAAAAGUCCUUGGUCCUCUGUUCUCUAUCCACUGUGUCCUCAUCUGUAUCGCUCAAUGAGGUGUUCUCCUUAACAGUCCAUGUUUUUACGUGGUUCGAACGUGUGAGUAUUAUGGUGAUCUUGUUGAACUGCGUGACCCUGGGGAUGUACCAGCCGUGUGAGAACAUCGACUGCUCCUCAGACCGAUGCCAAAUACUACAGGCUUUUGAUGCAUUCAUCUACAUCUUCUUCGCUCUGGAGAUGGUUAUAAAGAUGGUCGCCCGGGGAAUCUUUGGUCAACGCUGUUACCUCGGGGACACGUGGAACCGACUGGAUUUCUUUAUUGUCAUGGCCGGGAUGGUUGAAUACUCGCUGGAUCUACAGAAUGUCAACUUCACGGCCAUCAGAACAGUGAGGGUACUGCGGCCUCUCAGAGCAAUCAACAGGGUGCCAAGCAUGCGUAUCCUUGUGAACCUGCUGCUGGACACUCUGCCCAUGCUGGGUAAUGUCCUACUCCUCUGCUUCUUCGUCUUCUUCAUUUUCGGCAUCAUCGGGGUGCAGCUGUGGGCGGGGCUGCUGAGGAACCGCUGCUACCCGGAGGAGAACUUCACACGGGACACAGGUAUCAGGCUCCCUCGGCCCUACUACAUGGCUGACGAGGAUGAUGAGCGACCCUUCAUUUGCUCCUUGCCAGUCGACAACGGCAUCAUGUCCUGCUCCGACGUCCCAGCCCGCCGUGAGGGAGGGAGGAUGUGCUGCUUGGACAAAGACGACGCCCUGUACCGCCAGUCGCUGGGCCUGAGUCCUGAGCCUUUGGCCAAUGGGACCGACCGUGUCGCAGGCCUCUGUGUCAACUGGAACCGGUACUACACCCGGUGUCAUACAGGGUACAGCAACCCUCACAAAGGAGCUAUCAACUUUGACAACAUUGCCUACGCCUGGAUUGUCAUCUUCCAGGUGAUCACUCUGGAGGGCUGGGUGGAGAUCAUGUACUAUGUGAUGGAUGCCCAUUCCUUCUACAACUUCAUCUACUUCAUUUUGCUGAUUAUUGUGGGUUCCUUCUUUAUGAUCAACCUGUGCCUCGUGGUCAUCGCCACCCAGUUCUCAGAGACCAAGCAAAGGGAGCACCAGCUGAUGCAGAAGCAGCGAGCAGAGUGUUCGUCCAACUCUACCAUGGCCAGUGAACCCGGGGACUGCUAUGAAGAGCUCUUCCAGCUGGUCUGCCACGUCCUCCGCAAGGCCAGGAGGAAAACUGUUGCCCUUUUUAACACCCUGAGGGGUAAACCUCGUGGCUUCCGGGGUGUCGGUAGAGGUAGAGGAGGAGGAGAAGGGAGGGAGAGAAAAGCCAAUGGAAGAGGAGGACGUGAGAGGAGAGCAAUGAGGAGGCACGGAGCCCCCUGUCCCCACCAUAAUAAACCAGACCACGCCUCACCCAUGGCCCUCACCACCGCCUCUGCCACCGCCGGCUGUCCUCAGUGUGCCGCAGCCUUGUCACUUACCGAUGGGGUAGGACCAGUUCACAGUACAAACGAUGAAGCAGAGGAGGGAGCUGUGGAGGAAACGGACAGGGAGGGGGAACAUUGCAGUAGUAAGGAGAAGGACAAGAAAGGUCAGAAGAAUCAGAAGAAAAGUUGCAAGGAUGUGUGGCACGACAUAAGGAUGAAGCUGUGGGGAAUCGUGGAGAGCAAGUACUUCAAUCGAGGCAUUAUGAUUGCCAUCCUGAUCAACACCAUCAGCAUGGGCAUUGAGCACCACGAGCAGCCAGAGGAGCUCACUAAUGUUCUGGAGAUCUGCAACAUCGUCUUCACCAGCAUGUUCUCCUUGGAGAUGAUCCUCAAAAUCACUGCGUUUGGCUCCUUCAGCUACCUGAGAAACCCCUACAAUGUCUUUGAUGGAAUCAUUGUCAUCAUAAGUGUAUGUGAGAUUGUUGGCCAGUCUGACGGUGGUUUGUCUGUGCUGAGGACAUUCAGACUGCUGAGGGUGCUAAAGCUGGUUAGGUUCAUGCCAGCUUUGAGGAGACAGCUGGUGGUCCUCAUGAAGACCAUGGACAAUGUGGCCACCUUCUGCAUGCUGCUCAUGCUCUUCAUCUUCAUCUUCAGUAUCCUGGGAAUGCACAUCUUUGGCUGUAAAUUCAGUCUCAGGACAGAGACCGGUGACACAGUACCAGACAGGAAGAACUUUGACUCCCUGCUCUGGGCCAUUGUCACUGUUUUCCAGAUUUUGACCCAGGAGGACUGGAAUGUGGUUUUGUACAAUGGUAUGGCAGCCACUUCACCAAUUGCCGCUCUCUACUUUGUGGCCCUCAUGACCUUUGGAAACUAUGUCCUCUUCAACCUGUUGGUGGCCAUCUUGGUUGAAGGUUUUCAGGCAGAGGGUGAUGCCAAUCGUUCUUAUUCGGAUGAUGACCGCUCCUCUUCCAACUUUGACGAGAGCGAGAAACACGACUCUAUAAAGUUGUCUGACCCAAGGAUCUGCACACUGACACCCAAUGGCCAUCUGGAACUGGGUGGUCUUUCAGGGUCCAGAGGAUCCUAUUCCUCAGAGAGGCGGAGCUUCACCAUCGAGUCCAGAAAGAGCAGUGUGAUGAGCCUGGGCAAGAGUAGCCUUGAGAGACGCUCCCUCUCUCUGCGUCAUGGCCGCAGUCCAAACUACCACAACUGGGGGCGUCCUUUCCCUCCACAGUCUGCAUGGAGCCGCAGGUCAAGCUCAAACAGUCUGGGCAGGAGGAGCUAUGGAUUUGGUGGGGCUCCUAUAGUAGGAGGGAGCCUCCGUGUACACAGCACCCGCUCCCCCCACUCCUACCCCUAUGCCGCUGAGCAGGAGUCUCUUCUCUCACACCCAUCCCACUCUCAUCAUCCUUUACACCCUCAUCAUCCACCUCCACCUCCAUCGUUCUUCUCCAGACACUUUGCUGUGAGGAGGGAUCGACGGGCUCUUUCUCUAGAGCUCCCAGAGCUGCAUCGGGCAGGUGGACAGCCCCCGGGCCUGCCCCCCGUUCACCUAGACUCCGGGAGGAGGAGUGGGUCUGGGGCAGGGGGAUCCAUCACUGGGGGGUCUGGAGCUGGUAGUGGUUUAGGAGUGGACCACCGGGACUGUAAUGGCAAGACACCGGGUCCCCACACGCAACUGAUGGCUGAGGUUUUUCCUCAUGUCAGUGCUCGCAAGGACAGAGCAGACCUUGAUGAAGAGACAGAUUAUAGUUUGUGUUUCCGUAUCCAGAAGAUGAUGGAGGUGUACAAGCCAGACUGGUGUGAAAGCAGAGAGGAGUGGUCCGUCUACCUGUUCUCCCCACAGAACAAGUUCAGACUGCUCUGCCAGUCCAUUAUCGCCCAUAAGCUCUUUGACUACGUGGUCCUGGCCUUCAUCUUUCUCAACUGCAUCACUGUGGCUUUGGAGAGGCCAAAAAUACUGCAAGGCAGUCUGGAACGGGUGUUUCUCACAAUUUCCAACUACAUCUUUACUGCCAUCUUUGUUGCAGAGAUGACUGUCAAGGUGGUGUCCAUGGGUCUGUACCUGGGGGAGAAAGCCUAUCUAAGGAGCAGCUGGAACAUUUUAGAUGGUUUCCUCGUGUUCGUGUCUCUGAUCGAUAUUGUGGUGUCAAUGGCGGGCGGGGCUAAGAUCCUGGGGGUUCUCCGUGUUCUCAGGUUGCUCAGGACGUUACGCCCCCUCAGGGUGAUCAGCAGGGCUCCAGGGCUGAAGCUCGUAGUCGAGACCCUCAUCACAUCCCUCAAGCCCAUUGGCAACAUCGUCCUUAUCUGCUGUGCCUUCUUCAUCAUCUUUGGUAUUCUUGGUGUUCAGCUCUUUAAAGGAAAGUUCUACUACUGUGUGGGUUUCGAUGUGAAGAAUAUCACUAACAAGUCCGAAUGCCUGGCUGCCAACUAUCGAUGGGUUCAUCACAAAUACAACUUUGACAACCUUGGACAGGCUUUAAUGUCUCUGUUUGUGCUGGCCUCAAAAGAUGGGUGGGUCAACAUCAUGUACCAUGGACUGGAUGCAGUGGGAAUAGACAAGCAGCCGAUGAUCAACAACAACCCAUGGAUGCUGCUCUACUUUAUCUCCUUCCUCCUGAUCGUCAGCUUCUUUGUCCUCAACAUGUUUGUGGGCGUAGUGGUGGAGAACUUCCACAAGUGCCGCCAGCACCAGGAGGUGGAGGAGGCUAGGAGACGAGAGGAGAAACGCCAGCGUCGCAUGGAGAAGAAGAGGAGAAAGGCCCAAAAGCUGCCCUACUAUGCGUCAUAUGGUCCAGCUCGGCUUGCUAUCCACACCCUGUGCACCAGCCACUAUCUGGACUUGGUCAUCACCUUUAUCAUUUGCAUCAAUGUCAUCACCAUGUCUCUGGAGCACUACAACCAGCCACAGUCUCUGGAGACUACACUGAAGUACUGCAACUACUUCUUCACCUCCACCUUUGUGAUUGAGGCGUCACUGAAGCUGGUAGCCUUUGGUUUCCGACGCUUCUUCAAGGACAGGUGGAAUCAGUUGGACCUAGCCAUUGUGCUGCUGUCAGUGAUGGGCAUCACCCUGGAAGAGAUUGAGAUCAACGCCUCCCUUCCCAUCAAUCCCACCAUUAUCAGGAUCAUGAGAGUACUCAGGAUAGCACGAGUGUUGAAGUUGUUGAAAAUGGCAACCGGGAUGAGAGCCCUGCUAGACACAGUGGUCCAGGCUCUGCCUCAGGUGGGAAACCUUGGUCUGCUCUUCAUGUUGCUGUUUUUCAUCUACGCAGCUCUGGGUGUGGAGCUGUUUGGAGAGCUGGUGUGUAAUGCUGACUACCCCUGUGAAGGAAUGAGUCGACACGCCACCUUUGAAAACUUUGGGAUGGCCUUCCUCACACUCUUCCAGGUCUCUACUGGUGACAACUGGAAUGGCAUUAUGAAGGACACACUGAGGGAGUGCCCACCGGAUGGUCCAGGCAGCGACUACGGCUGCCACGCUGGACUGCAGUUUAUCUCUCCGUUGUAUUUUGUUUCCUUUGUGCUUACGGCUCAGUUUGUUCUGAUAAACGUGGUGGUGGCCGUGCUGAUGAAGCAUCUGGAUGACUCCAACAAGGAGGCACAGGAGGACGCUGAGAUGGAUGCUGAGAUCGAGCUGGAGCUGGCUCAGGGAGGCCUCUGUUGCAUGAUGGGGGGCAUCGGCGCCAUCGCGGGGGCCACAGGUGGUGCUGCAAGCGGGGCCGGUGUGGGUGGAGGAGCGUCUGGUGCAAUUACAGCAGGGACAGUCGGGGGUCCAAGUGGUGGGGUGAUUGCACCGCUUCGAGAUGGAGGAGGAGGCGGUGCAGCUCAUGAGGGACACUCGCAUCAUCGAUGUCGGCUCUUCUCUCCCACCCAGGAGAGCCAGUGGCUGGACAGUGUGUCUCUGCUUAUUAAGGACUCGUUGGAAGGGGACAUGAUUGACAACCUCUCCGGUUCAGUUUUCCACCACUACUGCUCUGCUCCCGUCUGUAAGGACUGUAAGGGCCACCCACAAGAGAUACAACUGGCGGAGGUGGAGCAGGCAUCUCUGAUGUCAGAGCAGCUGUCAGACAAGUCAUCUUCUCUGGCGCUACCUGAUGACCUCAGCCUGGACGAACACAGCAGCUACCAGCUGCUGGUAAGAGACAGCAAGAGGGGCAGCAGUGACUCCCACAGUUCGGAGGAGUUGCCCACCCAGGGUGGCUACAAAGGGCUUCAGCCCUCCAGAUCAGGAAGUGAGGAAGGGGUCCAGGAGUUAUUUGAGGUGGGCGUCCAUCCUCAGCUGAAUACUCCCUCGCUGGAGCAGCCAAGUCCGUCACAUUGCACAGAUGGAGAUGGUGGAGGUUGCAGUGGAGGUGGUGGUGAGUUUUCACCUGUCUUUCAUCUACCAGCAGACUUCUUCCACCCUGCUGCCGCGGCUCAUCCAGGCAGUUCUGGGAACAAUGUUGGCCCAGGAGACAGAAGGCCGUCCAGGUUGGCUUCCCCAGCCUCCUGGGCCUCCCUUCGCUCGCCUGGAGCGAACAGCAGGCCCCUGAGCUCUCAGCAUCCGUCCCACAGUGACUCCUCCCUGGCCACAGGUAGUUCAGAGGGCAGCCUACAGACCACUUUAGAGGAAGGACUCAGCUUCAGCGUAUCCCCACCUCGAGAUCUGGACCUCCCCAUGCCUCUCCUCUGCCCCCUCCCCAGUCAUCCCUUACACCCCCAGGGACCGGACACAGGAGACCAGGAAAACCAUUCACUAAAGAGAUGCAGUACUACUUUUAAACUCCAAGCCACCAGGGGGCACCAGAGGAGUCAAAGCAGCUGCGGUGGUGGCAGCACCAGCCCUGGCUGCCCACGGCAGGACUCCAUGGACCCUUCAGAUGAGGACAUGGGCACAGGGGCGGGUGGGGAUGGCUGCCGGCAGACCCUCAACAGCGAACACUUGUCAGAAACACUGAAUAGCCUCUCACUGACAUCACUGCUCACCCCGAGCUCUCUGGCAUCUCCAUUGGUGAAGAAAUGUAACAGCACAGGCUCACUGGACCAAACCAAUCUAUCUGCCCGGAGUAAAGAUGGACGGCACUUGUAUGGUAUAGAUGCCCAUGGUUACUUGUCCAAUCCCUGGGUGGAUGGAAGGGCGAGAGGUGAGGAGGACAGUGAUAUCACAGGAUUCAACUUGAAAAGCAGCAGCCGGCCCACAGACACAAGCUCGAGGAAAAAUAGAUGAAACACUGUAACAUUUGCAUUUCUGGUCCUUGAACAGAACAGGGAGAGACUUUUAUUACAGUACAUGUCCUGUGAACCUGAUUCUGAAAUUCUCUCGUCUUUGAAUCGUCUGUUCUGUCUCUUUCCUCCUUGGAUCUGGCUGCUUGGGAUCAGUCAUUUCUCAAAAGAUCACAAUCGCUUCUGAGUUUUGACAUCCUUUCUUUUCCACCGGAUAUGUAGUCGUUUUUCCAAAGGACUUAAUGACAAGGGGUUUAGAUUUUAAGCCUAACCAGGAUUCAGCCUUAAAAGCUGUGGCAGUUCUGGGCUUUAGAUUUUAGCCAUCCUGAAAUACAGAAUUUUUGGAAAGGCCCGAAAAUUAGAGAUUGAUGAACUUCAGACUUGCUUGACCCAACGUGCCCUCAACCCUUUGUGCAAAAACAGUGUCAUCAACAUUGGACAGAUGGCAACUCUGAAGCUUCUUUUGAGGAAGAACUGAACUUUGUACAGCUUUUUUUUUUCUUUGAUUUUUUUUUUUUUUUUUGUAAUAACCAUCGCUGACAGUAGCAUCUACCAACCUUUUUUCCUCUUUAGCAGAUUCAGUGGGUAAGGAAAUCGAGAGGCUGUAUAUUUUGUGUGUUCUUUUGCAGCUUCAUUGUGUUGAAGUUGUGUGAAUGUAGACACGUUUGUCUCCGUUUGUGAAAGAGAGGGAGACCAAGGAACGCAAAAGGAGCUUGGCUAGUCUGAAAAAUGACGACGGCCUCUUGAAAUAGUAAAAUGGAUAUGUGACUGCUGCUGAGAAUACAUGUGGGUUGUUAGUGGAAACAUUGGCCACUUUCAGAGUGGACUCUUUGCUUUCUACAUACCCAUGAAAGGGCUAAAAUGUGCAGAGUGCAGACCUGGGCCAAAUUGGCAAAUAAUCUUUUGCUACCUAACAUACUGUUUGAAAGUGUCUUUAAGGUACAUCCAUUACUUUCGAUUCUUUCGAUUCUAAAAAAUAUGUACAUGUAGGCUAAGGCACAUGUCACUGAAAUAAUCAUUGACUUGUAAAACUGUAGUUUGGAAUACUGGAAAACUGUAUUUUAUAGAUUUACACACAAAUCAAUUUUAAAAAAUCAUAUGUAACACAUAAAGACUUUCCUAACAACUACACCAUUUAUUUGCAUGUUAAAUGGGUCGUAGUGAUUCCUACAGGUCAAAGAUGUACUUUGCAAGGCAGGGGGUGAACAAAAUAUCCUUAAAAUAUAUAAUAUGAACAUGAAAGUCUUAAUAAACUGAAGAAGACAGUUUGAUGUCAUCCACUUUUCCCCAAGUUAUCCUUCUGUGCAACACAUCAACAGUGUCUCUGCUUCAUGCAGUCGUUGCUGUCUGAUAUUUUAAUAUGUACUUGUAGCUUAGCUUGAAACCUUAGAGCUAAUAGACUCAGUGAACCACAGAUGAUCGUCGACCUAUCGAUUGGUAUGCCACAUGGUCCAGACUGAAAGAUCUUAACUAUUUGAUGGUUUUCCAUGAAAGAUUCAUGGUGUCCAGAAGAUGAACGCUAAUUACUUAUGCAGCAUCACCAACAGGUGGCGCUAUAUAUCGUGUAUUAGAAAUAUCUCAUACAAUACAUGGAGUGGCACAAAAGCUUGCACAGAUAUUCAUGUUCCCCAUAAACACGUAUUUCAAUAACUUUUGCCCCUUUUAAAUUAUUUUAAAAUCAUGUCAAAAUUUCAGUUUGUUUAUAUACUAAUGACACUUCCAUCUUCCUUAAUAAGGCACGUUAGCAUGCUCGCAUGUGAAACUAAGAUGAUAGAACAUUAAAAAACCUUUAUUACUGCUUAACAUUAUCAUUAGUAUUUAUCUCAAAGCACAGCUGUUGACAAAGCACAGGCAUCUUUACAGAGAUGCUAGCCUGACUGUAGAUAGGAGUUGUCUUGUUUCCUUCUUCCAACCUGUUGCCACCACAACACACUGGGAUUUUAAAUCAAACUCCAAGAGCCACACAAACAAACAAUAAAGAUAAAUCCACUGUUGCCAGCUAACUUGUAUUUUGAACAAAGUUGGCUCUGAUUUAGUAUCAGUCAGUCUAGUCCACCCAGUGCAGUUGUUCAUUUGAGUCAUAUAAGGAAGCACUAAUGCCAGUAUAUACUGGACAUGCAUUGCUCUGUGGGACCAGUUUGGAGAUUCAAGGCAAACUGAAUGACAUUAAACUGCCUCCAUAACACAGAAUACACUUUAACAGCUGAUAAUACACUCAAGGUUUCCCAGCACGUGUGUGUUAAACACUGGACAGAGUUCUUGAAUGUUCUGUGGUUUCAGAUUUCCAGGAAUUCCAAAGAUGGGAUUCCCAGUUUGUGUUUGCUGCGUUAAACCCAAAUGGUUAUUUGACUCAGGUCUGCUUGAGUGUAGCAAGAGUUUAGAAAACACCCUAUAUUAAGGAAAGCAAUGAGAUCUAAAUUAGUAUAACUUGCAACUUUUAGCAGUUGUUUGUCAGACAUUUUUGACAAAUUGUAAUGACCCGUCAUAUAAUAUAUAGCUGUGUCAUAUUUGAAAUCCAGAACAGGUAGACCUCAGGUGGACAUAUAUGCACUCACACACAGCAUAUACACCACACAUUGAAGCACAUACAUAAAGUACAAGUACACAUACAUAAACAGUCAUACAUAUCAUACAAAGAUGUCACUGUCACAUCGCUGCAGGAUGUUUCUGUAGUUUGAGAUGAGACAGUGCUUAUCUGUUUCUCCACUUUGUCUUCAUUCCCUCCUUAUUCCCAUACAAUUCUAUUAUCUCCCUUCCGCAAAGAAGUUGGAGUAUAAAAUUAAAUAUUUAAUGACUAUUGACUACCCCCAGCCCCCUAUUCAAGAUAUGCAAUAUGCUACAGUUAGAUGUACAGUUAGAUGUAUGAGACUCGUAUAGAUAGAGUAUAUGGUGAGAGAGGAUUAUAUUUAUGAAUUCAUGUAUUAGAAUAAAAUGUCACUGAAAUUCAAAGGUCACUGAAAGGAUGAUGAUGUAUUCAUGUAUUCCAGCGUGUUGGAGAGUAUGUUUUCUCUUUUUUACCCUCCAUCUCCCCAAACAGAUUUUAUUUCUCCAAGAUGCAUGUCGGAUUUUUUUGUUUUUUUCUGUUUUCUUAAAUG